AUGCACAUCAGUGUUUGGCCGUACUCACUCUCCGUCGUAAUGGCAGCUCUGUACCAGGGCACGGACGCUUCCUCUCCGGAUAAAUUUCUAGCCUUAAAGGACGUGAGGGAGGUGAAGGAAGAAACUACACUGGAUGAGAAGCUCUUCUUGCUGGCAUGCGAGAAAGGUUUGAUCUCUCUUUUAUUCUUAUUAUCAUCAUCCAGAAUUCAUUGUAACCUUAUUAUGAUGCGUUUAGGGUCAUUGCUCACAUGUAUUUUGGAAUCAGUGCACUUCCUCAAGCUCAAAACACCGAUCAUUGACCAUAUAACUGAGGCAUUAUGUCUGAUAUCUACAAUCCACCAUGACUAACAGAAUGAUAGAUCUCCAGCAGGGUCAUUGCUGCAGAGCACACUGUACAGUCAUACCACAUUUUUUCCACUGAAUACCUCUCGCAGCUGCCUACAUGUUGGCUGCUGUUGAAAUUUGCCCACAGGGGUUUAGAUAUAUUUAAAAUCUUGUCUGCUUUUAUCAAAACUUCCCACCAUGUUCUGCAGACCUUUUGCAACUCCCUAAUGCAAACAAAGUGAGGAGAGAAAGUAUGCAAGAUGCAGAAAGCAUAAGUGUAAAAUCCUAAAGGGGCAUGUCAGAGGGGAGGAGAAUGCUUCAUUGAUAAGUUGUGAACAUUAUACAGGCCUGCAACUGCCACUGUGACCAUAUAAAGUCUCUCCAAACAUAGCUCUGCUACAGAUACUGUCCUUUGAGGGAGAUGUUAUUGUUACAGAGGUUAAGAGAACUGCUGGAGCUGAGCCUGAUCUGCCAGAGUGUUUGCACCAAGUCAAGUUUUGUGUGUCUGCAUGGCGCCACACACAGAUAAUAAUUCACUUUUUCUUACACAUCAGACUCUGCAGGAGUUUCCCCUAAGAAGUGCUUGUCUUUUUCUUUGAUGUGCUUCCCAGGUGACUACUACAUGGUGAAGAAGCUGCUCGAGGAGAACCGACAUGGCGAGCUCAACAUCAACUGCGUGGACGUUCUGGGGCGAGAUGCCGUCACAAUCACCAUUGAGAAUGAGAAUCUAGACAUCCUGCAGCUCCUCUUGGAAUAUGACUGUCAGGUAGUGAAUGCACAAACACAAAUGCACAAUGCUUGCUCCAAUUUUGCUUCACAUAAGUUUUGGUUGGUGAUCUGCUACCCUUAUAGCUUUAAAAUGUUGUGUCUGUAGGCGACAGACGCCUUGUUGGUUGCUAUAGAUUCUGAGGUGGUUGGAGCUGUGGACAUCCUCCUCAAUCACAGGCCGAGGCGAUCUUCCAAGCCCUCCAUUGCUGUGAGUUUCUCCUUAAGCUUUAGAAAUUAAGAACCACUUCUUGUCAUUUAAAGUUUCCUUGUUUUCCUGUGCAGUGUUUACAUUUUUAUAUUCCUGUUCUUGUUUUUAGAAACUCAUGCAGCGUAUCCAGAACCCAGAGUACUCCACAACUAUGGACGUAGCUCCAGUCAUACUAGCCGCACACAGGAACAACUACGAGAUCCUGACCAUGCUACUGAAACAGGACAUCUCUCUUCCUCGGCCACAUGCUGUUGGUUGUGAAUGCACACUCUGCAAUGCUAAAAACAAGAAAGACAGCUUACGACACUCCAGGUACACUUCACUAAUGACGACAUGACAGUAUAAACAUUGUUGGCUUUUCUUAGAAAGCUGCAUUAAAGCUCCAGUGAGGAGUUUUUAUGUGGUUAAAUUUAAAAUUGAUGCAUAUUUAUGACCUAAAUAUAAGCAGAAAAGACCAACAGCUUCAAGACCAAUAACUUCUAUGUAAUAAUUUUUUAUGCUUUUAGUUUUUGCUGUUGGGUAGGUGUUGGAGAUUGCGACUAACAGCACACUGCAGAAACAGCCUUGUUUAAUAUUUUCUACUGCACAGAUUCACAGUAAAGGAUUUUAUUGGCUGUUAAAAGGAAGCAGGAUAAAAUUAGUCUCAGCUAAGUCUAUUUACAGCCCAAGAUCAGCAAAGAAAAAAAGAGGUUCUUCUUUGUACAUGGGGACACCAAAAUCCACUCAAAACAACAGUUUAUCUCAGGACCUUUAAGCGCCGAUUGAUCUGAAAUGGGUAACAAGUGUUGCUCUUGUUUUCCACGUGACACCUAUAUUUUUGCUCCUGGUGGCUGUUUUGGCCUUGCUUUGGUAUGCAGGAGCUAUGAAUCAAUUCCUCUGUCAAGAAAAGUGUUCCUCAAAGGUUCUUGUGAAACAUGGCGGCGUCUUGUUUUGAUGAUAACAUCAGCCUUACAGUGUCCUCUUAAGCAUCUGGAAAGAAGUGAUUUAGUAUGAUCCUACUUUCAGUGAAUGCUUUUACCCAGAUCUUUUAAAGUUGUCCCUUAAAAGGACCUUUGAAGCUGUCUGGAAGUAGAGUAAUGGUACAGUCAUGUGUCUUUUCAAGGGGUGAUCUGAAAUAUAAGAUCACGUUCACUUUAAUUCAAGCUGUAGCUGUAAAAACAGUGAUUCUUGUUCCUGAUACCAUCCUAUACCAGCUAGAUGAGAUUUUGCCGAGGUCCUCAGCUGGCAUUUUUAUUCUCUCUGCAGAGUGGAGAAGCCUCCCACACAGUGAACUAAAUGAAUCAGUCUACAGAAAGGCUGGCAAAAAAAAAAAACACAGAGGUCAGAGCAGGUACAAACCAAACAGCUAAAACAGAGGAGUAAAUGUUCCAGGUUUCUCUUUCUCUUAUCUGUGCUCAUGUUUCCUCUAUAUUUUCAGAUAUUUCAUACUUCUUUCUUUCUACAAACACAUCUCUCUUCUCACAUGCACUGUUUUUUCUGGAUCAGGUUCCGCUUGGACAUUUACCGAUGCCUGGCCAGCCCCUCUUUGAUCAUGCUGACAGAGGAAGACCCCAUACUCAGAGCCUUUGAGUUGAGUACAGACCUCAAGGAGCUCAGUCUGGUUGAGGUAGAGUUCAGGUAUGGCUGCCGACAAAUGUAGCAAUCAAUCAUAUCAGUGCACAUUUGUUUAAUUUCUUUCCACCAAAGAUAAGACUUUAGUUGCACCCCCACAAACAUAUCUACUGAAGCGCGCUGUGAAAUUCGAAGUCCUAUUCCUUUUCUGUCAGUAAUGAUUAAGAAUCAAAAUCUAUUAUGUGGUGUGAUUAUAUCUAAUUUCCUUGUUCCAGGAACGACUAUGAGGAGCUGGCAAAGCAGUGUAAGAUGUUUGCCAAGGACCUGCUGGCUCAGGCUCGAAACUCUAGAGAGCUAGAAGUGAUUCUCAACCACACAUCCAGCGAGGAUCACGUUGACAAGAGAGGCUUACUGGAGGAGCGCAUGAACCUUAGUCGACUUAAGCUUGCCAUCAAGUACAACCAAAAGGAGGUGAGAUGAGUAAAUCUGUUUAUGUGGUAAUGUCAUUUGCAUGCAUUUUGCAGUACAAGUAAUAAAAGGUUGAUUGGUAUCUCAUUGUUCAUCCAUUACUAUGCGCACAGAAUGAACUUCAGCGCAGAAAUGCAGAUUGUAAACACCCAGUUGUUUGUGAAAUGUUAAUAAACAUCCCAAAAUUACAAAAAGAGACAAUACCCAAAUAGAAAUAUACAAUUUAUGAGACUGGGAAAAAGGGUAAUUUGCUGUCCAUAGACUUGUUCAGAGGCAUUAAAAACACUGUCUGUCAUCACUGUACAACACAACCAGCUCAUCUGCUCCAGCACACCAUGUGCUUGUCUUCGUGAGAUAUGAGUUUGGCAGGAGAGAGUAGUUCCUCCAGGCAACAGCAGUCAAAGACAAACUAAAGCUGUAAGUUUGGGGCUGAGGGGCAUUUUACAGCUGUGGAGGCUCAGUGUGAAAAGAGUUAAACUCAUACAUCACUGUAGAACUGGAGGAAUAUGGUUGUUUCCUGCGAGAUAAAUAAGACAGUGAAAGUUACUUUUUAAGGCUGCACAUUGAGGAGUUACUACCUUUUGUCCGGCGUCUUAUUUAUUGCUUGUGGUUGGAACCGUACAGCAGAAAGGACGCUGACAUGGAAGUUGUAAUUGGAAACACAUCUAUACAUAAAAUUUACUCUGCUUGCCCAUGAUUUUAAUUGAAAACAUGUGGGAUACAGCAGCAUUUAGCAGAAUGGACUUGGUGAAAAUGGAAUAUAAUAUUUGUAAGUGUGUCUGGAUUAGUUUUCAAUCCUCUAUAUAUAAAAAUCGUUUUGUGUUCAUCAACUUAGGAUGCACUUUUUAUAUUGACAUAGAAUCAGCUCCCCCUACAUAAAGGCCGCCAUCAUGCACCACCAUGUUGUUAUGGGUGUACAGACAAAAUUGUAGCACAUUAGUUUUUGCAUUUAGUAAGUGACUGCUUGAAAUGAUCCUGUGGGGAUUGGAAAAUGAGGUCGCUUUUUAAGGAGGGUCACCUUUUAAAAAAAAAACUUCAUUUUCUGCAUUCUGAUGGAUAACACUGCAUGUGAACUGCAAAUUAUUAAGACUGAAAACAGAUUUGUGAACCUCAAAUAAAACAAGUUCAUAUCAAACAACACACACUCUACAAAUACAGCUCCACCCUUCCCACCACUUCGUCAAACCUCCACCAUUGCCCAUCCUUUUAUUCAAAGUUCAGCACAUGAACUGUUGUCAGACUGAACAAACGGCCCCAGAACUCAGUCACUCUGUCAGCACCACACAGGCAUGUCAGGGCCUGAUAUGUAACAAUGACCCAAAAUGUAAUAAAAAAAUAAAUAAAAGUAAUAAAACCCAAAAUGUGAUAAUUGGUCGAUAAUGUAACAAGAUUCUCAGCCCAAAACAUAAUAACUUUUUGCCCAAAAUGUAGCAACUUGUUAAAUUUAGGGCCUGUUAUGACAUUUAAGGUUUUAGUAAAUUUUUUAAUCACAUUUUGGGCUAAACAUAUUUGUUUUAUUAUUGACCAAUUAUUACAUGUCAGGCUUUAUUACAUUUAUUUAUAACAUUUGGGGUCAUAGUUACAUUUUCAGGUCAUUGUUACAUAUAUUGGAAAAAGAAAACAAAAAUCACUCAGGAUGACACCAGCUUGUCCCUCUACAUGUCAGACUGCACGUGCCUGCCUGGUCGUCUUCUGUGCUGCUUGUCUUCUUACAGUGUGGGUGUGUGGCGCAGACCCAGACGAGCAGUGCUCAGCUCAUAAGACUUCAUAAGAAAAUGUUGGCCAACGGGCCAGUUAGCAACUGGGAAACUUCCCGGUACUCUCUAAGAUUGGCACUUAUUUAAACCUCAGCCUGGAAAUGAAAAAAUUAUGGAAUUCAAAAAUUAAGAGUUUCUGGAUGCAGCUUUUCUUUGACUUGGAGAUAUUAAACUGGCAUCAAUAUUCCCAUCGUAGUGAACAGGCUGAAUUUGCUAACCUUUAUAAUCCUCUUACAGUUUGUUGCACAGUCCAACUGUCAACAGUUCCUCAACACCGUCUGGUUUGGAGAAACAGCCAGCUACCGACGCAAACACACUUGUCUGAAGAUGGCUACAGUGCUGAGUGUGGCCAUGCUUUGGCCUCUGCUGUCCGUCUGCUACCUUCUCGUGCCCCGCUCCCGUGUGGGCCAGAUCAUCCACACCCCCUUUGUCAAGUUCAUCAUCCACAGCGCAUCAUACUUCACGUUCCUGCUGCUGCUCAACCUGUACUCUCUGGUCUACAACGAGGGCAAGAAAAACACCAUGGGCCCUGCACUGGAGAUGAUAGAUUACCUGCUCAUUCUCUGGAUCAUAGGUCAGUUUUUUCACACACUUUAUUUAUGCUAUUCGACAACGGGAGAUAUUUGUUGCAGUCACAAGAUAUAUUCCGGUUUAUGGCAGGUUGAUUUUUUUAACUGAAUAAAAUGCACCCCCUCAUGGACACAACAAAACUGAAAUUAGUCUGAGAAUGAAAUCAUUCACACCAGGAUAAAUUUGCCUAGCAGAGUGAAAAUGAGAGAUUCUUGAUAUGGUCUGGACAAAGUCCAAUAUCCUGUAUCCAUAAUUUUAUCAGGCAAGACAUGACAAACAGCUGUCUCGAUGCUGAAUGGCAGAAAGCCCGGCCUGACUGGAUUAAAUCUGUCAGUUGUGCUCCUAAUUGAACUGCACAGAAACAAACCACAUCUUCUUCUUUCUCUUCCAUCUCCUCCUAGUGCUGGUAUCAUUGGACACAACCCACAUACAUGCGAAUAUAUAAGUGCGCAAACCAUGAGGCAGGGUAGUGACAGCGAGAGAUUGACUUGGUCUCUCUCUCUGGGGAAGGAACUCUCUACCCUCCCCUUCUGCUGAGAAACCAUUAGCAUGAUCAUUCAAUUGCUUUAAUGGCCCUGACUUCUCAGCACAGAUCUUUUUUCUCAGGGUUGCAGCACCAUUCCCUUCUCAAGUGGGCACAAAAAGCCUCACAACCACAGCUCAUUGGUCGAUAUAUCAUCUUUUUUUUCACCAUCGCUUUGAUAAAUCACUCCCAUAACUUUACCAGACAGGUUAUAAAAGGAUGAAGAAGGCAAUUGACUUCUAUUAUUCAACAUUAUAAAGAUAGUUGUGGGGUAAUUUGCAAUUUAUUCUGUAUAUUGCUGGAGUGAGGUUGGUAGUUGAGCCAUUAGACAGUAGUGUAAUGGGGUUUUCACAGGCCAGGAUAGCCCACUAGAGGGGGAAAGAUUCCUUAAGUACCACAAAAAGAGAAGGACCAAGGAUCAAUUUUAAUAACCUCAGCUGUUUUUUUCGUCUCUCCAGAAAAGCUUCUCUGCAAUAUAUGAUGCAAAAGUGCAGCUUUAUCCCACUAUGGUGUUUAUAGUAUCAAAAAUACAUACAGACUUGAUUAUCAAGAAGGGAGACAGGCUUUUUAUGUUUCUAGAUUUGCUGCAAAUGAACAGCAUAAAAAAAAGAUAAAACAGCAGCUUUUUAUUCCUUUUAGGACCAAUUGUUCUCCCUUUCUUCCACGCUGCCCCCGCCAUCUCAUCUUGUUCCAGUUCUCUCCACUCUGCUUCUUCCCUUAGCCAGAUGCCUCACAUUAUGAGGAAAUCAGAUGCUGGGACUGGAAGUGUGUCUGUGUACUGGACUCUGCGCAUAUGCGUGUGUGUCAGUGUCUAUGUGUGGGUUUUCUGUACUAGAUCUCCAUGUCAGACAUAGUGAAGAAAAUCCAAGAGUUUUCUAACUGGACAAAACCAUCUGAAUUCAUUCAGGGUUAAAAAAGAUUAUUUUUUAAACAAUCUUUCAAAAGGAUGCUAAAGCCUGCUAUUUGUCUGUUUACUGUCUUUUGAAACUAUGACUACCAAACACAAAUUAACCAUGUUAAACAAAUUAAAGAACUUUCCAAUUUGCUAUUUAAUUUUAUUAUCCUUGUAAGAGCAAAAGAUAAAAUUAGCUUAGACUAAAACAGUCAGAAACACCCAGUUUUAUUAAAUUCCCCCACACCCCCCUGGAUCCAACAGAUGACACAUUUUUCUCUUGUUUUCACUACACGAUGACUUAUGAGUGAAUGUGGAAAAAUUAAGGAAAUGUCAGGGGUGAUGAAAGCAGAGAGAUGUUUUUUCACUGAUGUGUUUAUAUGUGUGUGGUGAUGCUGAAUUCCUGCUCUCCUGUAGGGAUGGUGUGGUCGGAUGUGAAGCGUCUGUGGUACGAGGGGCUGGAAGACUUUCUGGAGGAGUCUCGAAACCAGCUGAGCUUUGUGAUGAACUCCCUUUAUCUGGCCACAUUUGCCCUCAAGAUUGUUGCUCAUAGCAAGGUAAUCACACAUGACUCACUCUCUCUGAUUCACAGGAUAACUUUAUGCAACCUUUUAGACUUUUGGAUUCAUAGACUUAAAUUUUGCUUUAUACUGGAAGCUGGAAACUAACUCUUAACUGUGCGACCUUUUUCUGAAAAGAGAAAAAAAAAAACUAAAAGCUCAUUAGCACCUCACACCCACACGCGUGUUGUCAGCUAUUCUGAGUAAAUGGGCUUCAAGCUCAUCCUGGAGCCAGGAAUGAGGUUGCUGAACUGAAGGUGUUAAUUUUCACACCGUAACAGGUACGAAAAGAGAUUGAGGUAAAUGCCAAUCAGGCACAGUUCAUACUCCUCUGAGAAAUCUUGAGAAAGACGUCUAGUCUAAACAAGUUGAAUAAAUAAAUUCACCUGAGUGUGGGAAAAAUAAUGUAUGUAAGUCCAUGCAGCAGGAAGAGGAGUGUGUCUGCAAAAAGUUAAGUAACCAACAAAGUUAAAAAAGCGUCAUAGGUCGUACAUUUUCGGAUAAUAUGGUAUAUUUUUAAUUUCUAUUACAGUUAAGGGUUUAACAGGACAUUUGUAAAAUUGAGAACAUAGAAUUGAAGGAGUAACAAGGUAACUCAUAAUUUGGUCUAUAACUUAAUAUAUUGAAACUCAAGUGAUGGCAAACACCUGGAAAGGUCUUCAAAAGUUCAAUUUAAGCUGUGGGAUGUAUAGAGCAGGUAUACCGUACAUUUACCCCUCAGUUAGCACGCUGUGAGCUUGAUUAGAAUUUAUACUGGAUAAAGAUGUAAACAGCUAGCCUAGCUUAGCCAACCCUCAUGAGUUAAGUAACUAAACAAUCAUAGCUUAUUGUUAAAGGGGUACAACAAAAUUAAGUAAUGAAACCAAAUGCUGUGUAACCUCAUCAUGUCUCAAACAAGCAUACAAAGUCCCUGGAAGGACAGUUUUAGGCAUGCUAGGCUAAGAUAAUCAUCUGCUAACUGUUUAUUUAAAAAGAUAGAAGAAAGAGUGACACUAGUGUUUAAUUAGAGUGUCGAACUCUGGCUUUAAUUGCAAUAUUUUCCACUUUUAGUAAAACUUUUGUUGACAGAUUGAAGAAACGGAUGGUAAAACAUUUAAGCUAGCCUUCUUUCAGGCUGUUUUACAUCUAGAUAAUUCUGGGUUAUUUCAUUUUAUAAGACUUUGCAUGCCAUGUUAUCACACUGCCAUAGAUUUCAGGUUAGGAUUCGACAUUCCCGGGGACAGGUCAUCCAAAACGGGGACUGUUCCUGAAAAUCUGGGGAUUUUGGUCACCCUUUUCUAAGUGCUUUGUCUUUGAACAACCUUUUCUAUUUCUCAGUUCAAGAAUGUGGAGGAUACAGAGAGGAAGAACUGGGAUGCCUUCCACCCCAUCCUAGUGGCCGAGGGCCUGUUUGCCUUUGCCAAUGUGUUAAGUUACCUGCGACUCUUCUUCAUGUACACCACCAGCUCCAUACUGGGGCCUCUACAGGUAAGAAAAUAAUGGUCAUAUAACAAAAGUUUGAUUCCUAUUAGAGCCAGACAUGACCCCUGUGGAGCUUUGAAACCAUAUAACGAGCCAUUUAUUCAGAAAACACAUUGAAAAAGUAAAAAAAAAAAAAGCUUAUGUAAGGAUUACAAAACGGCUUCUCAUUCUAUCACUAGCCUUCAACUCAGCGGAGAAACACAUACGCCACCCACUCUUCUCCUCUCUCUGUGAAGUGUGAACACUCAAGGACAAGCCAACACUAAACAUCACACCAGCUGUGCCCGGCAGUAUCAUAACCAUCAUCAUGAGCAUUAAGUUAAGCACAGUGAACUGAGGCGGCAGAUGAAAGUGCUCUGCUGUGAUAAUAUCCUCAUAAUAAACCCAACACAAGAUCAUAAAGUUUCGCAGCUUAGGCGCCAUAUGCAUCUGAAUUUCCAUUAUCUGCGUGAACAUAAGCACUUUGAUGUAAACAAAGUAGGUUUCUUUAGAAUAUCAAAGUCCAGGCUGCGUUGAAAAUGAAAAAGCCGUACACCCACGACACAUUGAUUUUUCAUCACGCUCUGGCACAGGGUGGAAUAAAUAUAAAUCACAUCAGUUCCUGACGGCAUUUUUGGCUGCAUGGGGAGAAAGACAGAAAAACAAAAGGAAACAUAUGACGAUAGACACGAUAGUGAAGUCUGGUGAUUGAAAACAUUUAAACUCUUACUUUUUUUAUUUUUAUUUCAACUUUAUUUACAUCCUAAAGUUUACAAAAGAAGUAGAUAUGGCUGUUUUUAAAAGUUAAGCCAAUGUGUAACAAGUUAGAAAAAUACAUCCAACUUAAUUCCAGUGAGGGACGACCACUCCUUGCAAAAAGAAGUCUGAUUGUCCUUCUUAGAAAAUCUACCCUUCAGCCUACUUCCCUGAUGACUUUGUGGUCUCAGUCCCAGGGUUCAAGCCCUCCACAACAUGGAUUUAUGUUAAUUUUUAAACAAUGGUCCCAUUUAGAGGAAUGGGAACAUAUGGGUGGGUAUGCUUCAGGUUUCAGCCACCAGUGACUGACAUGUCGCUGCAAUGGUGACCUCUUAGCAAGGGCAGAGACGAAGGAAAGCCCACCUGCCUCUCAAAUGUGGUCUCUCCUGGAUCUCAAACAUAGAGAUAGAGAUUUCAGUAAGAACCUAAGGCUUCGAAACAUAGGACAACAGAGAAAUAGGCGACUAGAUUGCCUCCUUUAUGUUCCAUGUGUCUAUGAUUUAUCUUUUGGAAACCCGGCUGGGUCUGCCCUGUUACCUCUGAGGUGCAGGAACAGUGUAUUUUUAGUACCUUUAGUAUUCCCAAAAGUUUAUGAAAAUCUGUAGCAAUAUAGUUGCUCAUUGUUUCUCUUACAUAACAGAAAAUAAAUCAAAUUUUAAAAAUCAAGCAUCAAGCCUGAAAAUAUCUUGAAAAGUCGUUCAACAGAAUAUUGUGUUUCAUUCAGCCAGCUGGAAGAGAGAGGCUGAGAAGCCAGCCAACGUCUGACUUUGUUUUGGCGGGUUCUUACUUUUCCCCUGUUUGUGUGACUUUAUUACAUAAAGGUAUGCAGUGAGGUCAAUCUGCUAGCAGGGAUGCCUUCCUGUCAUUAAGCCGAGGUGCUGUUUGUGGUUGACUUAUAAAACGCUGAGGGUUCCCUGUAGAUUGUUAAUGAGCACUUUUCUUCCAUAAUCUCCUCCAUCUUUCUGCCGCCCUCUCUUCUCCUUCUCUGUCCUUUCUUCUUUACUCUCUCUAUCUGUGACAUCACUGUCUGGCUUGGCAGGAUGGAAAAGUUAUUCGUUUUUGGAAAUAGAUGCCGCUGUGUGUUCAUGGCCAAACUCACACUCACAUGUCAGACACACCUCCCCUCUAAUACACACGUGCCCACACAUUUCCACUCACUUGUGAUUUGUGAACGUGCUAGUCGGUCGCUCCUCAGACCAGCUUUUGCGCACACAGACAGUGAGGCAGUGCUGUGUCGGUUCGCCGUCAUGAAAGUUCCUCUCAUUCCACGGUCCCUGACGGAGCCAGCUCACGUUUCUGCCGGGUAGUGCCCCCUGCUGAGGUUGGAAAGAGUGAGUGAGAGUGUGAGUGUACGUCUGUGUUUAUCUGCUAUCACCAGGGAGCAUUCAGUGAGCUCACAUAUGGCCCAGACUUAACCUCUGUGAUGGAAUUAAUCUCUUACAUAAAUCAUGGGGGGCAUGUAUGAGUGUGUUCAAGGUAAGAAGAUGUAAGAUAACACCAAACCAGUUCUGCAUGCACAUUUAAAUCAGGUUGUUUUUUUUGUUUUCAGUUCUUUCACAUUCAAAUUGUUAAAUUCAGUGGACCACUUUGCUGGUUCUGGUGUUGGUGGAUAUAAUUGUUAUGCAGUGCAGCACAAGGGAGAACUCAGUUGAACAAAUUUCAAAACAAAUUGAAAGCAGAAUUGAGACUAUUGGGAAACAUCUUUGGAAAAGUGUAACCUUCCGCCAAACUCAAUGGAAACUUGAGUCAUUUUUUGAUAGAACAAACGAAAAAACAACACAUGGUAACUAUUGUCUUUUCUAAUGAAACUUAAAAUUUUGGCCCCUAAAUUAAAUCUAAUGUAUUUAAAAGGAUUUUAUACCAAAUGUUUUAGUUAAAAUAGUGCACACCCAGCUGUAGAGGACAUUUGCUGCCAUUAUAAAUAUUUUCCCCAGUACCGCAAAGUAGGUAAAGAAUUAAAAUGUAACCCUCAAAAUAAUUCUGGAGGUCUAGUUCUGUUUGGAGUCAUUUCCUAAAACAGGAUUGAUAAAAUCCAAGUUACAAAGUGCUUUACAGGGACAGCAAGAUAAAACCAUAAAAGCACAAGCAAAGGCAACAAAUGAGAAACAAAUAGUUCAAAGGGCAUAAAACAUAUCAAAGAAGAAAUGGUAAUUGUGUCUUUUUAGUUGCUUUUCUGGGCGUUGUUUUCCUUUAUUGAUAGGACAUCUGAAGAGGGGCAGGUACUGCUAAGAGUAGAGAAUAGGAUAAGACAUGUGGCACAUGGGUUGUGGCUUGAAGUCUAGCCAGCAACUGUCUUAAAGAUGGACAUGAAAGUGAGACAGGAAGAGACCUUGAGGAUAUCAAUAUCUUGGUUGAACUAACCUCUAAGAGGAGAUUGUUCCAGAGCCUUGGACCAAGUCUUCAUUCAGGCAUUUGCAACAUACAGAAGAUUUCUCCGUGAUAAUCUCAAUGUGGGAAUUGGUUCAUGGGAUACUAACAAAUAUGUAGCUGGAAGAAAGGACAUGGAGAGCUUUGAAAGUAAUGAGAAGAAUUUCCAAAUCAAUUAUGAAAAACACUGGGAGCCAGUCUAAAAAGGUCAAAUAGGAAGUUGUGAUCAUGUUUUUUGGUUCUGCUUUAAAAACCUGGCAGCUGAGCUUUGCACAGUCUGGAUCAAUCCAUUGAUUUUUGGUUCUGGCAGGUAAAAAGUUUGUUGAAAGAAAGGAGGAGCAAUAAAAAUGAAAGCAUAGUAGCUUAAAAUGCUUUCUCCAACAGUAACAUCCAAAACAGCUCUGUAACACGUGUAGCCUAUGCUUUCCUGGUUUUAUUUUGGCAUAUUUGUUUGUACUGAAGUACUUCUAAUUUAUUCGACUUCCCUCCUGUCAAGGUUAAGAGCUCCUGGCCUGCUGCAUUCCUGCUCUGUUUGGGCUGCUACUAACUGAGAAUACCUGUCAGCCUGGAUAAGCAGGGAGCACCCUCACCUCCUAAAUCAGACAUUUACAAAUUGACCGCACUGCGGGGAUAUGGUCAUGACAAGAUAAUGAAUCACACAAACAGACCGACCCCUCUCCUCAAACAAGCUGCCUUGGUUUCAGUGCAAACAGCCCAGUCCCCGUUCACCUUGAGGCGUGGGGUGAGUGGUCAUCCCUCACACUGGAAACUGUGUGUGAGUGUUUGUGUUUUGCAAGGCCGAGCAUGUUCAGACCUUGUUUGAGCAUCCCUGGCUCAUAGUAAACAGAUAAGCCACCCAGAGUUAUAAAUAAUUGGUUUGAGAAGACUUUCUCUGUCCUUGAAACCUCCGUUUGGCCUUCUCCAUGUGUGUUCGGCUUCCCUCAGGCAGGGUUAGAGCAGUACAGCUGUCAGGAUGUGUUGUUUUUUCCAUUUCUUUGGUUAAACCUGCAAGCAAGCCCAAAAAAAAAAGCUAAAAAGUGGUCAGAAAAAAGGAGUACCAAAACGUCAGAGCCAGGUAGAAAUAAAGCUUUACUAUCGAAGUUGUCAACAUAAAUCAGGUAAUGAAGUUAGUGGUAAAAGUCAGCAUAAAGCGUAGAUGUGGAACAUCCCAAAAAUAAGAAAGCAAAACUUGUUUGUAAUUCAGAUGUUGUCAAAUGUAUUUAGACGUUGGCAAACAAAACACCAGAAACAGUCUUUUGGAUAUUUGCAGUCAAUUUUCGUGCAUGCUUCCUUAACACAGGACACACUUUGUGGUAUUUUUCCUUCUCUAAUACCGUGGUUUGAAGCUCUUAAUGUUUGCCAGAAAAAGUCUUGCUUCCGCUGCAAUGCUCAUGCUCAUUGGCUCAACAAAAGUGAGCCGAAAGUGCUGAAAUCAAUUGUCUGUAGUUACAACAACACUGCAGACCACAUCACCCAGACACCCAAAUAACAUGACUGAGAAGUAAGUUUGACUUCCAUCUUAAAUAGACACCAAUAAGGCGACCUUAUUUUCAGCCUCUUUGACAUUAAGCUUUCAUUCAGUGAGAAAUCGCUUAAAUUGUGUAAGGAUCAAACAAACUGUCCGUCUGUCUGUCUGGUGUCAGAGCUGACCCCAGCUCCCCUCUUUGGUAAUCAGGAUUUCCUGGCAGGAAACCGACUGACAAACAGAAAAAAUAAACACCCAUGUCUGUUGGAUUAGACCAGAUCAAGCAGAAGAGGAUUAACUGACAACUAAUUAUAUUCCCCCAGAUCUCCAUGGGUCAGAUGCUGCAGGAGUUUGGAAAGUUUCUGGGCCUCUUCCUGCUGGUGUUGUUCUCUUUCACUAUCGGACUCACCCAGCUGUAUGGGAAGGACCAGAAAGACCCAGACAAGAACCAAACGAAGGACUGCACGGGCAUUUUCUGUGAGCAGCAGAGCAACGAUGCAUUCCACACGUAUGGGCCAACCUCAGUCUGUUAAUAUUAGACAGUGAUGAUGACUAUGAUAGAUGUAACGGAUAUUUUCUCUGUGUUUACUAGCUGAUAAGAAUUAAAGAACCUAUCAGAGAAGUUUCUUCUGAAAAUAUUUGACCUUGAUGCUCACUGAUCAGCUUUCUUGUGUGUUUCAGGUUUAUGGGGACGUGUUAUGCCUUGUUCUGGUACAUCUUCUCGCUGGCACACGUUGCACUUUAUGUCACCCGCUUCAGCUACACAGAGGAGCUGCGCUCUUUCGUGGGUGCUAUGAUCAUAGGCACCUACAACAUUGUGGUUGUUAUUGUGCUGACCAAGCUGCUGGUGGCCAUGCUCCAUAAGAGCUUCAGACAAAUUGCUGUAAGUAUAAACAAAUUCUGCAAAGGGUUUUUCUCUCAUGCUACUGUCAGGGGUAAUUUGAGUUCAACUUGGAACGAAAAGUUGUGACCGUUCUCAUUUACUGUUCAGAUUAGAUAUCCCUGAUUUACUCACCCUGAAAUGGUUCCCAGAUGGGAAAUUGUUCCUUUCUUUGGAACUGCGCUGCACAUUUUCUUCUUUCUCGAACCAACAGUUUGAUUUUCAUUACGCUAAGUGAAAACAACUCAUUGACCAGGAAAAGCUGGCCUCCUCCUCUAGGAUUUUCACAAUUUCUUACAUUGUCAGGAUUCCUGCUCUAAAUGGAAAGCAGUGUGCGGAGGUUAAUUCUCACAUUCCUGCGUUCUCUGUGUUCUUGUCGGUUUGUAGAAUCACGAGGAUAAGGAGUGGAAGUUUGCCCGGGCCAAACUAUGGCUUAGCUACUUUGACGACAAGUGCACCAUGCCUCCACCGUUUAACAUCCUUCCCUCCCCAAAGACCGUCUGCUACCUGUUGACCAGCAUGAGCAAGUGGAUCUGUUCCCAUACCUCAAAGGGAAAGGUGAAAAGACAGAACAGUCUUAAGGUAAGAAAAAAUUGUUUCAUUACGAAGUUUUGAUAAAUUUCUAGACCAUUUUACUCUAAAUCAAAUCAUCUGAGUUUUGUGCUGUAUCGUUAACUUUCUUUGUCUUUUUGAUUCAGGAGUGGAAGAACCUGAAGCAGAAGCGUGAUGAAAACUACCAGAAGAUCAUGUGCUGUCUGGUUCACCGUUACCUGACUUCCACACGGCAGAAGAUGCAGAGCACAGAUCAGGCCACAGUGGAGAAUCUCAACGACCUGCGCCAAGACCUGUCCAAGUUUCGUAAUGAGAUGAGAGACCUGCUGGGCUUCCGGACAUCUAAAUACGCCAUGUUCUACCCAAGGAGCUAA